UAUUUGAAUGGCACCGGGAGCAGUACCGCAGACACCUACACGGCACUUGGCGGAAAUGCGGCGUUCGACGGAAAUGUACUUCAAUACCGAUACAAUUAUACCGUAGUAGCUGCUCAAAGCAUACGAAGGACAAGUUUCGAUGGAGGUUUUCGGCUGCGGGUUUGGGAAGCAGUACGAAACCGUUCUGCACCUGGUAUACAUCUGCAACGGGUAGUGGUUUCUCGUCGAUGUAUUGUGCCUAUGGGUGGCUUACAUUUCCGCUAUAAGGCCCUGGAGAAUCACAAUGGCAAGAAGACGUCGCGACACGGUACCCGACGGAAUAUCGUCUUCGUCAGUUCGACGGCCAUCAUGUCACAAUGUCAACUGGCCAAAUGGUUCUUUCUCUUUGUCUAUUUCAUAAUCGCCGGCCUUUGUAACUGGGGGCUGUGGUCGCCUAUACGCAUGACUUUGCCACGAGGCAACCUCUGCCAGACAUUCCUGUUCUCGUUGUUUCCCGAACAGGAAUGGGCCUCUCGUCUAGGCGAUUACAUGGUGUUGGCCACACUCACCUGCUUCUGCCUUCUGCUCGUUUUUCAUCAAUCGCGAGCGAUUGUCGCUCGCCGUUUUCUAUUCAUCGCGGCGCCCACGCUCUACCUGUCCGCUCUGUUCCACGCUCCGUGGUACAUCAAGUUAACUUCAGGUUAUGAAAACAACGAAGUGCGAUGUCGUGAGCAAGUGAACAUCACCUUCAGCAUAUUUUUGUCCAGAGUCGCUGAGCAAUUGAUUCGAGCAGGAUUCCAGGAAAAAACGAAGAUGCUGUGUGGCGAUAUGCUGUUCUCCGGUCACAGUCUGACUAUGUGGAUUCCGCAUUUGUUCACCGCCAUCGGAAUGAUUUGUUUGAUCAUCUCGCGGACUCACUACACCAUUGACAUCUUCAUCGCGUAUUGGCUGUCGAAUUUUGUUUUCCGGACGUACCACGCUUUUUGUGAGGUGGACAUCUUUAUGGAACGGAGGAAAUCUGUACUCCAUGGAUUGUGGAUGCUUUGGAUUGUCGAAUGGCUCGAAGAUGAUAUUGUACCGGGA